AUGGCGAAACAACAGUCACUAUCUCUGCUUCCGAAUGACGAUCCAGACUUGUUCACCUACACUUCCGGGCGCUACCUCUACAACGAGACACGCAGGCUAUCGGAGCGGUCUAUCAAGUUCAAUGUACAGGCAUUGAAAGAUAUCGCUUCAAGAUCAUUGAAAAGAGGUGCAGUCGCCAGUCUUCGAAAGCUUGCCGAGGGAGGCUUCAACAGAGUGUUCCUUUUGACAUUCGAAGACGGUUUUGAAGUUAUCGCUAAGAUACCUUACAACAUCUCCGUCCCAGAGCGCCUAGCAACAGCGAGUGAGGUUGCAACAAUGGACUUCUUGAGCAGCAAGGGACUGCCAGUUCCGCGAAUUCAUGCCUGGUCUGCAGAUAGCAACAACCCUGUCGGCGUAGAGUAUAUCAUCAUGCAGAAGGCGCCGGGGAAACCGCUAGAAGAUCGUUGGUUCCAUCUUACGCAGAAGGAAAGAGUUUGUUUCAUGGAAAGUUAUAUAAGGCUCGAAGGAAAGCUUUUUGAACUUCGCCUAAACGCUUACGGCAGCAUCUAUUACAAAGACGCAUUGCCAUCAAACCUCCAGUUAGACCUUCAUCCUCCUGUGAGCUCGGAGCGAAAAGAUGAUACCGAUCGAUUUUGCAUUGGGCCAACAACAGACUAUAUGUUUUGGCUUGGACGGUAUAGUCGGCUUGCUAUUGAUCGAGGACCAUGGGCAAAGUCAAGCGACUAUAUAAGGUCGAUUGGUGAACGGGAGCUCACUUGGACUCGCAGUUCUGGCCAAGCACAGACUCUUGGAUUUCCCCACAACACAUUACUGAAAGGUCAAAUAUCGCCAAGUAUUUACGUAGACCUGUUGGAAAAGUAUAUGUCUGUAUCUCCGCACCUUUUGCCGGCAAGCCAUGACAAUAUUUCUAAUCGACCUACGUUGCGUCAUCCAGAUCUUAAUCCCACAAACAUAUUCAUCUCCGACUCCUGCGAGAUUUCCUGUUUCAUCGACUGGCAGCACACUACAGUUCUACCAUUUUGUCUAACAGCCGGCGCACCCCCAAUGUUCAAGAACCCAGAUCCGCAACCUCCAACAGACCUCAGACAACCCACCCUUCCCACAGAUUAUUCGUCUCUCUCCCCCAAUGAGAAGUCUGUCGCCGAUGAACUCCAUCGCAGAAGGAUGCUCUUCUGGCUGUACAUUGUGUUCACUGGGAACCGUAAUCGCGAUCAUCUAGCUGUGCUUCGUGUGCCUAUGCUCUAUCUUCGCCAAGAGUUGGUCGAUCGAGCUGGACGAUCGUGGAAUGGUAAUUACAUAACGCUCAAAGGCUUGCUUAUCCGGGCUAUCGAGCACUGGGAUCAGAUCGCCCUGAAUACGGGUGACUGCCCGAUCCAUUUCAUUGACACAGAAAAGGAAGAGUUUUUCCGCAUCGAAGACGCCUGGAUUGAUUUGAACAUACUGGUAGAGCACUGGCGCAGCGUUUUGUACCAUGUGAGCCAAGACGGAUGGGUCAGGAAUGAAGUCUUUCAGGAUGCUGUAGAAAAAAAUCGAGAACUGAAAGAGACAUGGCUGAGUGAGGGGGAAGAUGACGAGGAUCGAGAGUGUGUUGAGAAAGGGUGGCCUUUUCAGAAUCGGGAGGAAACUAUCUAA